UGCUUCUGCUGCUGCUCAUUUGUUUUGUCGUCUGUCUGCUAUUAUUGCUUAUAAUCGUAGGUUAGGUCGAACACAAAUUUUCUUUACUAACUUAUUUCCCAUCCUGGUUUUGUAAAGAGGUUGUCAAAUAAUACGUAAUCAUGAGCCUUACUGAAGAGCUCACGACAUCUCCUGUAGAGAGCUUGAAUGUUAGCUGUGAAAAUGAGGAGGUGCAGGUGACUGAAACCCCUGAAAAAAUCCAGCUUCGCAGCUGGCUUAAUAAGAACCUUCGCAUCGAAAUGUCUGAUGGACGGAUUUUAGUGGGUGCCUUCCUAUGCACAGAUCGAGACUCAAACAUCAUUCUUAGUUCUUGUGCAGAAUUUCUUAAUAGUACCUCUGAGGAGGCUCGUAUUCUUGGAUUGGUCAUGAUACCUGGUCGACAUAUAGUUAGUAUUCAUGUGGAUAAUAGCUACGAAACCAUGUAAAUAUUUUAUCUUAAGUAUAGAAAAUCCUUUGUGUUUUAUGAAAAAUGUGGGAAGAAUUUAUGGCUCAAAACAACUAUGUACAGUUAUCUGACUUGAACAAACAGCAAUUCUUUUCAGUUUAAAGGGUUAACAAACACAAAAAUUCUUCUUUGUGUUAUCAUUUUCUUUGUCUGUGAUCUGUGUGGUGUCUCCAUGUGGGAGAAAAAUAAACGCUUUAAUAGUAA